GGAACAUUCAAUACAGUCAAUUUACUCUGUAUAAUAUUGUAGACCUGUAGUUUUUCUGUGUCGUCCAUGAAAUCCACAGGUAACGGUCCCACUUCCUCUCUCUGUUUUUUCACCUCUCGCUGGUAACGCAUUUUUAUUUCCGUCCAUCAUUAAACGUUUGUGUCUCAAUAGUCAUUUAUCUUAUUAUAUAAUCCACUCGCGUACACGGGUAAUUUCGAUUUGUCUCUUUUGUAUUCACUCGAAGUAAUAUCGUAAGCAACGAUCGUCAGUCCGUUUAUUUUAGUUCACCGGGAAACUACAAAAACUCAACGUCAUGGAAUUCCAAUUCGAUCUAAGCCAUAUCGCCCACGAUCAGAUCAUCAAAAUCGACAACUCUUUGUUGCCAGUCGGCUAUCAAAAAGACGACCCAGAAUUGCAAAUGAUGAUAUCUAAUGUUUUGGAUAAAAUGGGGAUAGCUUCAGGAAUUGCUCAAGAGUUAAAAUCUCCAAUUACUUCAGCUGAAAAACUUAUGCGUUCAGAUCAUAUUCUAUACUUGAUGACAGAACAAACAUCACCAGGACAUUUUGUUGUGGUCGGUUUGCUAAAAAUGGGAUGGAAAAAGUUGUAUUUAUUUAAUAAAAAAGGUUCAAGAACUGAAGCAAUGGUCUAUUGUUUACUUGAUUUUUACAUUCAUGAAACCAGACAACGUCAUGGAUAUGGAAUAAAACUUAUGGAUUACAUGUUAAAAGAUAAUCAAAUAGAAGCAAGGCAAUUGGCUGUUGAUCAACCUACUAAUAAGCUUUUACAAUUUUUAUGGAAAUAUUUUAACUUAUCCAAAUUAGUUAAUCAAGGAAACAAUUUUGUGAUUUUUGAAGAAUUUUUCGAAGACCCAUCUGAUAAGGAAUCUGCUAAUGAUAAUCGCUCAAGUGGAUAUAAAAGUCAACCGACAUUUGGACGUCAUGGUGCAGCUAGGCAACAAGAUUGCAUGGCAAAUAUACUGUAUGGAGCAAAACCAGCAGAAAUUCAAAAUGGAAACGGAAAUGCAAAUAAGGUUGAACAUCAACAGCGAGAAAAUGUACAGCAUAAAGAGGAACGUCAUGUUGAAGUGCAACAUCACGUUGAAGUGCAACAACAACAACAACACUCUAUGGAUGAAGGAGAUGGUCAGAAAUCAAACCACACUCAUCCAAAAUUAGAUCUCAAGAAUUUUCACACUCAAUUAUGGUAAUCUAUUAAACUUCGCCUUUUCUAACAGGUGGUAGCUUAUUAUUUGUUACAUAUUUAUUACUGUAUUUCAUUAACUUUUGUUAAUUUAUACUAAUCCUAAAUAUGACUGCAAUUUUAAAGUAGAAUUAAAAAAUAAUAAUUUAAUAAGUUUAUAAAAAAAAUUGACAUUCUUAUAAAAUUUGCACUAAUGGUCAUUCACUAUACUAAUUUUAUAUGCAUAACUUUGGGCUAGCCCACUUCUUAAAUAUAAUGUUUGGUAUACAAAUAAUAACACAAAUAUUUUUACGUUAUUCUUCAAACAUUUAAUUGGUUGUUAGUCAACAAGGCUAAUUAGUAAAUAAUUUAUAUUUUUAUAAUUUUUUUUAAUCAUUUUAUUUAUUUAACUUUUGUAACACGCAUACUAUAUGUAAUAUUAACAUUUAAAAAUUGUUGAGUGAAUUUUUUGUUGUGAAAAACUAAUUGAAGAUUUGUAAACUUUUAUGUUGACGGUCUUUUGUCAUUACUUGAUAAAGGACCUUUGUAUUGAAAAUUUAAGGCUGAAAAUGUAUUUUCUAAAGAAUGAUAAUAG